UAGUUAGUUAAGUAAUCACCAUCCUCAUUCCCUGGCCUCCUCUAUAAAAAAAGACCAUAGGGGUACCAGUUUUUCUUCGUGCCCUCUUUUCAAGGUGGAUUCUCGAUAAUCCUCCUUCCCUUUUUCCCUUUCUGUCAGUUCUAGGGUUUCAACUUCCAUGGCUUCCGCAGAAAUUGAGUACCGUUGCUUCGUUGGUGGGCUUGCCUGGGCCACCGACAACGAAGCCCUCGAGAAAGCCUUCUCUUCCUUUGGCGAGAUCGUCGAAUCGAAGGUUAUCAAUGAUCGUGAGACAGGAAGGUCGAGGGGUUUCGGAUUUGUAACCUUCGCCACAGAGCAGGCCAUGAGGGAUGCCAUCGAGGGGAUGAAUGGCCAGAACCUUGAUGGCCGUAACAUCACUGUGAACGAGGCGCAGUCCCGCGGUCGGGGCGGUGGCGGCGGUGGUGGUUACGGUAGCGGUGGCGGCGGUGGUUAUGGUGGUGGUGGUGGUGGUGGUUACAGCCGUGGAGGAGGAGGAGGAGGUGGAUAUGGAGGCCGCCGUGAAGGCGGAGGUGGUUACAACCGCGGCGGAGGUGGUGGAGGCUACGGUGGUAACGGUGGUAAUGGUGGAGGUGGCUAUGGAGGAGGUGGUUACGGUGGUGGGCGGGACCGUGGGUACGGAGACGGUGGAUCCCGUUACUCAAAGGGGGGUGGUGCUUCUGAUGGAAAUUGGAGGAAUUAGGAUUUCGUUUAGAGAUUAGUAGUUUGAUGAAAAAGGAUGGGUGGUGGUUUUUUAUUUGAGUAUGCGGGUUCAUGGUCUUUAAAAUUUGCUCUUGGUUUCUGGUUUGAUUCUCUGUUAUGGUUCUCGUUGCUCCGUGGUUCGCGUUUUUGACCUCUGAAUUUGUGUACUACUGGUUGUUCAUAAACAAUCCCAUCACAUAUGAAUAGUCAGAUCAAUUAUAACCCUGAGAGGUUUUACCGUCUUUA